AAAAAUUCCUUUCGAUGUUUUGCGCAGAGCUCGGUGUUUAUACUUUUUCCAAGGAGGCUGCAAGGUUUAUCUUCAUCCCAUACGCGCUGUUUUGCAAUUCACUUCCAAGAGUAUCUGGGGAAGGGGUGUUGCGUUCCCAGCGCUGGCAGCAGAGCUGCUCCUGGAGGCAGCAGUGCCCUGGCAGCGACCGCCGUCCGUGGUUUUACAGCUGCGGUCGGUGCCGGUGCACGGGGUGGGCACGGGGGGAUCCUGGGGAGCUACAGCAUCCUGUGAGCAGGGCUGUGGGUGCGGGGCUGUAACCCGUGCUCACUCUGCACGUUUUGGAUUCCUGACUAAAUUGCUUCCCACGGCCCUUGCUCCCCAGCCGGAUCCCUGCAGAGGCCGGGACAGGCCGGGACCCCCGUGCAGAUCAGCGGCUCCCUCCGGCGUCCCACGGCUGCGGGCCGGCCUCUGCACUUCCAGCUCGCUCCCGGAGCUGCCAUGGACGAGGCAACGAGGCCAGACUUCUAUGAGGCUUCACCGGCGCUGCUGGUCAGGGGAGGGGAGAGCCGAACCCCCUCCGUGUGCAGCUCGGUGAUCCUGGAUGCCAAAGACCCCCCGGUGAAGAGCGAGGCGGCUCCAAAGCCGCCCGCGUCAGCCCCGCCGUCCAUCCUGGUGAAACCAGAAACCUCCCGCAACAGCGCCGAAAAGCAAGUGAAGACCGUGAGGUUCCAGAACCACAGCCCGCCGCCGCCCAAGCGGCACAGCCUGCAGCCGUCGCCGAGGCUGGUCCGCAGCAGGACAGAGCCCGGGCCCGAGGGGCUCCUGCCCGAGCCCCGCCUGGGCCCCGAGCUGCUGCUGCUGUACUCGCCGCGCCUGGGCUCCAGCCCCCUGCACCCGCGCCGGGCGCUGCACCCCAAGGCGCUGUCCCUGGACCUCUCGGGGCAGCUGACCUUCCCCAUCAAGAAGAGCUACAGCAGCAUCUCUGCAAACUGAGCCUUCCUCCCCGCUCCUGCUCCUCUCCCUCGGCGCAGGGACCCCGCAUCCUCCCGCCGCUGCUUGCAGAGCGCCGUGGGAAGCGCCCGGGGACCCCGCUGCCCCAGGGCAGCUGCUGCAGCUCGGG